AUGAACGAUUAUUUAGUUUUAUUUUGUCAAACCAUUAUCACAUUGGUUAUUUCCUUCUUAUUUGGUUUGGGUUUAAUCAAAUACUAUUUCAACAACAAAGGCAACUACUAUGGCAACUACAAUAACAACUGCAAUGGCAACAACAAUGACAACCACAGCUACAAUUACAAUAUUAGAGGACCAUCAAACUACCCUGCAUUCAACCAAUGCGAGUCUCGUCAUUCCGUUUCAGGUGCACCACAAUCGAGCAGCAAUCCAGAAUCAGGUCAUAUAAAUAAAAGGGAACCAUCUGACUACCCAGCUUUCAAUCAAAGCGAGUCUCGUCAUUCCGUUUCAUGUGCAACACAGUCAAAUGAUAAUCAAGAAUCAGGUCAUUUACAUAAAAGAGCCUCAUCAAGCUACCCAACAUUUAACCAGGAUGAAGCACGUCAUUCCGUUUCUGGUUCACCACAAUCAUACCAAAACCCAGAAUCACCAUAUCAAUGUAAUGGGGAAAAUUUCAAUGGUGAACCACCAUGUGUUGAGGAGGUCAAUUUAUUUUACUGCAUCAUCAACUACACUCAAUGUCAUUGCAGAAUAACCAAAUCAUUUAACAUUUAUACCAUUGCAAGUCCAAUCGAUAAUGCCAAUUUUGAAAUAAGUGAAUAUUUGUUUAAUAACCUCCAAGCACAAGCUGAAUGUAAGAAUAAAUAA